GAAUGCUGUAGAAUAUAGCUGAAGUUUUAUUUGUCAAAAUUUGACCUCAACAUGUCAGAAGAACAGAGAAGUGGUGGAGAAAAUAGCUCCAGCACAAAACCAGCGAGUCACACACUUAAACCUAACUACAUACUAAAAUACACACUUUCUGGGCAUUCUAAAGCAGUUUCGUCAGUUAAGUUCAGCCCAACAGGAGAUUGGCUAGCAAGUUCCUCGGCCGACAAAGUUAUCAAGAUAUGGGGAGCUUAUGAUGGAAAGUUCGAAAAGACAUUAUCAGGACACAAACUGGGUAUCAGUGACGUAGCUUGGUCUCAUGACAGCCGACUCCUUGUAUCUGCCUCAGAUGACAAAACAUUAAAAAUAUGGGAAUUGGCUUCAGGCAAAUGUGUGAAAACACUGAAAGGACACAGCAACUAUGUGUUCUGCUGUAACUUCAACCCACAGUCCAACCUUAUUGUCUCAGGCUCAUUUGAUGAGAGUGUACGAAUUUGGGACGUUAAAACUGGCAAGUGCUUAAAAACCCUUCCAGCCCAUUCGGAUCCAGUCAGUGCUGUUAAUUUCAACCGAGAUGGCACACUUAUUGUUUCUAGUAGUUAUGAUGGGUUAUGUCGAAUCUGGGACACUACUUCUGGGCAGUGCCUCAAAACACUCAUUGAUGAUGACAAUCCGCCUGUCUCCUUUGUAAAGUUCUCUCCAAAUGGAAAAUAUAUACUGGCAGCAACCUUAGAUAACACAUUAAAACUCUGGGACUAUAGUAAAGGCAAAUGUCUCAAGACCUACACAGGGCACAAGAAUGAAAAGUAUUGCAUAUUUGCCAAUUUCUCUGUAACAGGAGGAAAGUGGAUUGUCUCUGGAUCAGAAGAUAACCUUAUCUAUAUUUGGAAUUUGCAAACCAAAGAAAUUGUUCAGAAGUUAGAAGGCCAUUCAGAUGUUGUACUAUGUACAGCCUGCCAUCCGACACAGAACAUCAUUGCUUCAGGAGCAUUAGAAAAUGAUAAAACAAUCAAACUGUGGAAGAGUGACACUUAGAGGAACAUUCUAGAAACCUUUUUUUCUCUUUCAUUUAUUUUUAUUAUGAUUUCGUUAUUUUUUUCAUACCUUAUGUCAAGAGUAAUUUUGAAAGGGUGUUUUGAGUUAUGGCUUAAAAUGAAAGAAUAUUUUGUAGAUUUUGUCUUUAUUUUUUAUGCCAAGAUGUGUUUGGCUGAAAGUGAAAGAAUGUAGAUCUUGCCUUUAUUUUUUAUUCUAAGAUUUUUUCUUUUGCUUUCAGUCUCUCCUCACUCUUCAACAAAUUUUUGCUUGGUUUCAUUCUGUGGUAAAAGUAUAUUUUUUUAACCUCAACAUAUUGCUAUACAAUAUAUAUGUCUAGUCUCUAAAGCAUGUCCAAAAUCCUCUCAAACAGAAAUCUAGCCCUGUUAGAUUUUAACAGCUUUUAAUAUACUAACAACUGUGGAAUCCUAUCAACUUUUGGCAUUGCAUCAACCAAAUUAUAUUUAUUGUGUAUAUUUAUAUUUGCUCAUUCAUUUUACAAGAAUGUCUUCAUUCUUAGUGUUUAGUAGAAUACUCGCUAUUUGUUUAGGCGCGACUCCAAAAAAUAGGGAAAUAUCAGAAAGAAAGAAAAGAGAAAGUGAGAAUUUUGUCUCGCUCUCUCUCUCAUCCAUUACUGCAUGCAUGUAUUUCUUUGUGAUUUAUUUAUUUAUUUAUUUAUUUAUUUAUUAUUUAUUUAUUUAUUAUUAUUUUUUUUUUUUUCUUUAAAGAAGUCUUUAAUAAGGAUUAUAUGAGCACUAGAACUCUAUGAAAAACAGAGGAAGAAGGAAAAAAGCACCUUAGUCAUUCCAUUUGAAUAAUAUACUGUGAAAGAAAGAUCAUAUAACAGGGGAAUAGAAUGGACCCCCACGAAAGAUUACAGGUAGUGUAGAUUUUCAAGGGAUAAUGCGAUAACUUUAAGCACUGAUAAAGAUAUUUUUCUCCAAAAUUGUUAAUUUUUACAUUGUAUAAUUUUUUUCUCUGAGCAAUAAUUUAGCAGUUGUAAUUACCAAAAUCAUAAGCAAGGCCUUGCAUGACUAAAAAGAUAUUAAAAAGGAAAUGCAUAAUUAAAGAAGUGUUUUAACUUUUGUGAAUAGUUGAUUUGUGAAAGAGAUUAACAUGUAUUGUAUCAUGUAUGUUUGGGGUUACUGAGCAAAGUAAUGUUUUCUUGACUAUUUUUCAUUUUCUUCACAACUACUUGAUUUUAAGAGUAUAGUUUACAAUUUUUAUUUUCAAUAUCCCAUUCCAUCUUGUGUUUUGUAGAUUCCCAGUGUUAUAGGAAGUGAAUAAAAACUGAUUGUGAUGAAAGGAAAGGCAAUUGGGAAUAACAGUCUCAUGAGAUACUACAUGAAGAUCAAUAAUCAUCCAAUUUAUAAUGAUGGAAAUCAAGCUUGUUAUGUUGUGUUGAUGUAUGCAUAUUUAUUUAUUAUUAUUAUUAUUUUUUUUUUUUUGACCAUUAUAUUUAUUAUAUUUCUCUUUAGUUGCCAUACUCUUUUGACAUUCUGUACUUUAUCAGUUUUGUGUAAUGUUCUCUGUAUUAUUUACUCUGAAACUGUAAAGUAAUGUGACAUACUGUAUAUUUGAUAAAAAAAAUACAUA